AUGGUGGAAGACAACAGGAACUGUGGCCUUUAUUAUGACAAUGACUGUAUUGAAGAGUUUCUCAAGUUUUCUUUCAUGCCUAUAUUGCGAGAUAAACUUCAUCGGGAAGUAGGAUUGUGGAAUCUCCAUCGAAUUCGAUCUUCAACAAACUUGAAAUUCCCAUCUGGUAGGCCUAAUGUACUAUUCUUUUUCCCGGAAGUGUCUGGUACAAGGAACUAUACAGUGGACGUCGACUUGGACGAAUUGGAUCUUGCAGAGGAGAGAUGCUGCUAUCAACCUCCGCAAAGUGGUUGCUCAUAUGAACUUAUCCAGUUAUCAGAAAUCAUGAGGGGAAAAAAGUUUAUAAUUUCUUCGCACACCUGA